AUUGUAUGUAAACAAACUUACCAGGGCGUUGCAAUCGUACAACAAAAUAGUCGCUAUACAUUUGAUUUGCAUUUACAAAAGUAUUUCAAACAUAUUCAUAUACAAACAGUGCCUCAAAACGAUUGAAAAUUCGUUCCUUCUCUUGGAAAGAUGUUACCAAACAUCUUUUGUCGUGUUUGUGCCACUACUGAAACUGCGCUCGACUUGUUGGACAUUUUUGAGAAAGAAGAUGCAUCAGAGUGCGUUGCGGAUAUGCUGCUAGAGGUGGCAGAAGUCAAGGUGACGGUUGAUGAUGGGUUCCCUCAAAGCUGCUGUAAACAAUGUCACACCGAUCUCGUUCGAGCUGUGACCGUGAGACGGAAAUGUAUUGAAUCAGAGAAAUUUUUCCAUGCUACGGUUGAAUCUUGCUAUAGUGUAAUUGACGAGCCGUACGAUGAUCAAUCGGACAGCUUGUCCAUCGCAUCGCCAAAGCACGAGCAUAUUACUCUCGAAGAGAAUUUCACUUACCGCUGCUGCGAAUGCUCUAUAGAUUUCGGCGAUUCCGAAGCCCUGAAAAUACACUACGAAUCAAAGCAUGCCAAAGUAAUUCACGGUUGGGAGAGCUUUGGACUCAGUGAAAUCUCUCUGUUCGACACCACUGACGAAGAAGUAGAGGAAGAUGCAGGCGCUUAUCCACAAGCGCCCGAGCCGUCACAGACAAACAAGUUGCUGGAGCUAUACCGAUGCUGCGGAUGCAUGCUGAUAUUCGAUACUGACGCAGACCUUCAACAGCAUUCGGAAACCGUACAUGCCUCCAACGCUUUGCAAGUGGACGGUGACAACGCGUGGCAAUGCAAUGUAUGCUAUAAAUUGUUUACAUGCGCAGCUGCCCUAGAAAAUCAUCAAAAUACUGUAUAUUUUCUGCGAUACCAAUGUUACACCUGUGGGCUGCUUUUCGGAACGCAAGCUCAUUUGUCGCGGCACGAAUUUAAGCAUAUGCGUGGCAAGUUCACCUGCGAACCUUGUGAGAAGAUUUUCUCCAACCCCCAAUCGAUGAGGAGACACAUGCAACGGUUUCAUGACAAACCGCGCACAUUGCGAACGCAGGAAAAGCACAUUUGCAGCGAGUGCGGCAAAGCUGUGCAUUCCGCUGCGUAUCUCGUAUCCCACAUGAGGCUACACUCGAAGGAGCUACCGUUUACAUGCACCUUAUGUGGAGCCCGGUUCAAGCUGGUCCGCUACUUGAAAUGGCACAUGGCAAUGCACAAGGGACUGUACAAGUGCAAGCAAUGCGAUUCGUCGUACAAGAGUCCAUCCGAACUGCAGGAGCAUAUGAAUCGUCAUACCGGUACAAGGGCAUUUUGCUGCUUUUUGUGUGGAAAUGGAUUUCACAACAAAAAGAAUCUUAACAAACACUUGCGUAUGGUCCAUUCUCAUUACGUAAGUAAAAAGAAAGAAUAAACUCCAGUACAUUAUGUAAAACAGAAAUCUCGAUUAGUCUCAGGAAAGAAUUACAAACUCAACCGCCGUGUGACCGCAUUUAAAUCAGUUUAAUUUUUGACACAUUUCAAACUCAUCUAAAUCGCCACCCAAGGAAAUCUGUCAAUCUCGAUGUAAACAAACAAUCCUUGUGAACGCGCGUCUCUGCAUUUGUCCGGAGCUCACACAAAAUCAAUCUAGUUUAAAGCAGUGUAUAAUAAUGGAUCCAUCCACAUAUCCAAUUUCCUAAUCAUAUUUCAUCCUCAUUAAACCAUCUUAACUCAAAUAUGCUCCAACAAUUUCUCUGUCGUGUUUGUGCCACCUCCGAUGCUGCGUGUGUUUUGAUGGACAUCUUUGAGAAACAUGGUGCUGAACAUAGUGUUGCCGAUAUCCUACUCGAGCUAGCGAGCGUUGUGGUGACGGUCGAUGAUGGAUUUCCCCAACAGUGCUGUAUGCAAUGCCAUGCAGAUCUCGUUCAAGCUGUAUCAGUGAGACGUAAAUGCAUUGAGACGGAGCAGCUUUUUCGAAUCAAG